AUGGCAACUAAAUCAAAAGGUAGUACAACUCCUGGGAGGGAGAAGAGAAGUGGCAGCACAUCACCAGCUAGCCUCACCAGAAGACCCACAAAACCAACUGCUCCUGAUAAACCAUCUUCAACUUCCUCAAACUCAUCAUCAACAGCUAAACAACUCCCAAAUUAUUUGAGAUCAACCGCAAGCUCAUCGCGCCAGCUUCCUUCCUUGACCAAGUCCAGUUCAUUAAAGAAACAUCAUGAUUCUGAUAACCAAGAAUCCAAGUCCCCAAAGCCUACACUAAAUAGAAGAAGAUCCUUUGACAAGCCGCCGUCGCCUUCAGGACUACAGAAGUCACUCAACUCCCCAGGAAGAGAGUUGAAGGACGCACCACACCGGUCCAAAUCUCUUUUGGUUAGAAGCGUGUCAAAUGCUCCAAAACCCACCAGUAAAUCUGUAUCCGGAACCAAACCACAGGUUUCGCAUGCAAAGACUAGUGGCACUAGUUUGAGGAGAAGCACUAGCGGCAUUACUUCUGGUUCAAGUAAGAAGGAUAGUAGAAAUAAUAGAAGUACUACUAGUACUACUGGUAGUUCAAGAGCUCCAAGGAGUCAGGACAUAACAGAAAUUCUCAAUCUUGAAGCUAAUUUGGAUGCCUUGAAUCGUCAUGAGGUUGGAGAGGUAGAUAAGAUUGAGAGUAUUGAGGAGGACAACUGUCAAGACCUUCCGGACCCUAAAUUAGCUGAAGAAGAUCUUCAUGAACAGCACCAACAUCAUGCUUCAGAUACUGGUCAUGACAUUUCUUCUGUUAAUGAUGCAGCAGAGGAAUCAAAAGCAAAUGUGGAUGCCGAAAAUGAAACAGUUAUCCAAGCAGAGAAAAAUUUUGAUGGUCACCAUGAUCAAGUUGAAGAGGCUAAUCACAUUAGCAAAGAUCAUGAAAGCAAUGGCAUUGAUCAGGGUUCGGGUUUGACAAGCGAGGAAACAAAAGUUGAGGAGGCGAUCAAAGAAGAGAAAGAAGAUGAAAACAAGAAUGAGGAGGAUAUGGAAGUUGUGGAUGGAGUAAGUCAUGAGCUUGAUCCAAAGGAAGGGCAAGAUGGAGAUGUCAAAGAAGAAGCAAAGCCUGACGAGGAAAAGGCGACAGAAAAGCCACAAGAGGCUGCGGGUACUGCAGGGAAUAACAAGAAGGAGGCAGCUCCUGCAUACAAUGAUGUGAUUGAGGAGACUGCAAGUAAGCUUAUGGCACAAGAGAAGAGGAGGAACAAGGUCAAAGCUUUGGUUGGGGCAUUUGAGACUGUCAUAGAUUAUGAAUCAGGAUCCAAACCAUAA